AUGUCCAAAUCCUUCUCGGUGGCCGAUGUGGCAUCCCACAACAAAGCCGACAAUCUCUACAUCAUUAUUGACGAGGAUGUCUACGACUUGACCAAGUUCCAAGAUGAGCAUCCAGGUGGAAAGAAGAUCCUCCAGCGGGUGGCCGGCAAGGAUGCCUCGAAGCAGUUCUGGAAAUAUCAUAACGAAGGAAUCCUGAAGAAAUACAAGACCAAGUUGCAAGUCGGAUCGUUAGACACCAAGAAAGUCGAAGCCCCGCCCACUCCUCCUGCCACUCCGCCGGCGCAAGAGAAGACGCAAAAGACUGUGCCGCAGGCAGAAUCGGGGACAGUUGCUCCUGCGCCCGGCCCAGCCGCCGAGGCAGCCGCCGAGGAAUCCGCCGAGGCAUUGGAUCCUUACGGGUCUCUUGUUCCAUUUGGAGAUCCAGCCUGGUACCAGGGGUACCACUCGCCAUACUUCAAUGAGACUCAUGCAGCCCUCCGCGCCGAAGUCCGCGAAUGGGUCGAAUCCGAAAUCGAACCCUAUGUCACGGAGUGGGAUGAAGGCAAGAAGGUGCCGGAGAGCAUCUACAAGCAGAUGGGUGAGCGGGGCUAUCUGGCUGGGUUACUAGGUGUCAAGUACCCGCAACAUUUGACCCCGAAUACGGUCAAGAGCGUGCCGGCGGAGAAGUGGGAUCUGUUCCACGAGAUGCUUCUCACCGACGAGCUAUCGAGGACGGGUUCGGGUGGUCUGGUCUGGAACUUGAUCGGCGGGUUUGGCAUUGGAUGUCCGCCGCUGGUCAAGUACGGCAAGAAGGCAUUGGUGGACCGGAUUCUCCCCGGCAUACUCGCUGGUGACAAGCGAAUUUGUCUGGCCAUCACCGAGCCAGACGCCGGCUCCGAUGUGGCCAACCUGACCUGUGAGGCCAAGCUCUCGGACGAUGGCAAGCAUUAUAUUGUCAACGGGGAGAAGAAAUGGAUCACCAAUGGCAUCUGGUGCGACUACUUCACGACGGCGGUGAGGACGGGCGGACCCGGCAUGAACGGGGUCAGCCUCUUGUUAAUCGAGAGAGGAGAGGGCGUCAGCACCCGCCGGAUGGACUGCCAGGGUGUGUGGAGCAGCGGCACGACGUACAUCACAUUUGAAGACGUCAAAGUGCCCGUGGAGAAUGUGCUGGGAAAGCCCAACAAGGGAUUCCAGGUGAUCAUGACUAACUUCAACCACGAACGCGUGGGCAUCAUCAUCCAGUGCCUGCGCUUCUCGCGGGUCUGCUUCGAGGAGUCGGUCAAGUACGCGUCGAAGAGAAAGACGUUCGGCCAGAAGCUGAUCAACCACCCGGUCAUCCGGUUGAAAUUGGCGCACAUGGCGCGUCAAAUCGAGGCCAGCUACAACUGGUUGGAGAACAUUGUGUAUCAGUGCCAGAAGAUGGGAGAGACCGAAGCCAUGCUGCGACUGGGCGGCGCCAUUGCCGGUCUCAAGGCCCAGGCCACCACGACGUUCGAGUUCUGCACCAAGGAGGCCGCUCAGAUCUUUGGCGGGCUGGCGUACUCGAGAGGCGGGCAGGGCGGCAAGGUGGAGAGGCUGUACCGAGACACCCUGGCGUACAAGAUCCCGGGCGGAAGUGAGGAGAUCAUGUUGGACCUGAGUAUUCGACAGAGUCUGAAAGUGCACCAGGCGCUGGGGAUGAAGCUGUAA